ACCGCUAGGGGAAAAAAAAGACUUGCUGAGCUGUCGCAAAGAUGGCAGGGUUCGCACAUGCGCAGUAAACAAAUCGGGUUUCUCUAUGUGCUCUGCUGCUAGUGCCAAUGUGGCUAAUGCAUGAGCUAACGUGGUUUAUCGUUCGUUAGUCUUUAUUUACAGCAUCUGGUUGUUUUGUCUGGAGCUUUUCGGACCUCUUUAGGAGACGGUUCUAAAAUGAGGUUUAUAUUAAGGCUGCUUUAGUCAGCAGGACGAGCUGUGUUAGCUCGCUGAGCUGUUAGCUUCGUGUGUUAAAAUGAGAGUUUGGUGAAUAAACGGAAAAUUAUCAUUAACGAAGAUUAUAGUAAAACCAUCAUCAUGACCUCAGCCUCCACUAAAGUAAGUCUGACACUCACACGGGCCACAUUAAUGGAGGUUUAACUCCAUAAACAGAGACUAACAUAUCACUGCUGUUUUAAACAGAGGUCCACAAAGAAUCUCUCUGGAUUAGAUCCAGAUGAAUCUGUAAUCUGAGUUUGGUUCAUUCAAACGUUAGUACAUGGACCACCUACACACAUGCUGGACCUGGUUUUCUGUUGUAGCAAGAUAUCAGCUGUUUUAGCUCCUCGUUAAAAUAACGUAAUAGAUACAAAAAGGAUGAAUUAUAAAGUUACACACUUUUAUUAUUAUGCUAUUAUUAUUAUUAUUACUACUAUUACUAUACUUUUUAUUCAUAGACUCAGACUUUCUCUGCAGACAGACUGGUGUCUCUAAAUUAAUUAAAAUAUAACAAACAUAAAAAAAAAAAAGUUAAUUUAAAAAAGUAAAAAUGUACAUUUCUUAAAUUCACAUGAAAUUACAUGUUUUCAAGUCGUUUGUUUUAAAUUUGAAGAUUUCGGUUUAGAGCUCAUAAAUAUCUGAAAUUAUCAGAAUUUCCUCUGAUAAAUUCAAAAGAUUUAAAAACACAGAAAUGUACGUCUGUUGUAAUUUUGAAAUUGUGAUUAACGUAAAUAAAAAUGGAAUACGAUGAUUUGCAAAUCCUUUUCAACCCAUAUUUAAUUGAACACACUACAAAGACAAGAUAUUUAAUGUUCAAACUGAUAAACUUUAUUGUUUUUUGCAAAUAAUCAUUAACUUUAGAGUCUGCAGUCCAGACCUGUCUCCUAUUGAAAAUGUGUGGCGCAUUAUGAAGCGUACUGUUGAACAACUGAAGCUGUACAUCAAGCAAGAAUGGGAGAGAAUUCCACCUUCAAAGCUUCAACAAUUAGUCUCCUCAGUUCCCAAAUGUUUAUUGAGUGUUGUUAAAAGGAAAGGUGAUGUAACACAGUGGUAAACAUGCCCCUGUCCCAACUACUUUGUCACGUGUUGCAGCCAUGAAAUUCUGAGUUAAUUAUUAUUUGCAGAAAAUAAAGUUUAUGAGUUUGAACAUUAAAUAUCUUGUCUUUGUAGUGUAUUCAAUUGAAAAGGAUUUGCAAAUCAUUGUAUUCUAUUUUUAUUUACGUUAAACUUUACGAAAACUUCAGUAAUUUGGUCUAGCUGUGUGAGUGUGUGUGUUACACUGACGCCCUGAACCAUCAGUGAAACAGGAAACACGAUAGUUCAGGUUAAAUGCAGGUUUGUGUCUUUUUCAGGUUGGAGAGAUCUUCUCUGCAGCUGGAGCCGCCUUCACCAAACUGGGAGAACUCACCAUGCAACUGCAUCCUGUGGCUGACUCCAGUCCUGCAGGGUAAAACACACACACACACACACACACCAAGUAGUUUCUCUUGAGCAGCUGCUGACUCUAGCAGUCUGUGUUUUCGGUUGAUUAAAUGUGGAGAUGUUUGAGAAACACUCACAGAAGAGAAAUCCAUAUCUGACCUCUUUGAGAGCCUCAGUUUAAAUCAGUGUCUUUAUUUAUGCUGCGUUCGAGUAACCUCAGAAGUCAGAUGUCCAAGCUGGGAAUGACGUCACACCGGAGUUCUCAGCGUUUCAGUUACCAAGUCAGAAAAAAGCAAAAUCAGAGGCGGAAACAAGAUGGCUACAUCUGCUAAAGUUAUUUUAGCACUUUCCUUGUCUGAAUAUAACAAGGACAAGGCAAGCCCUAAAAUAACUUUCGUAGAUGUACCCAUCUUGUUUCAGGCCUCAGAUUUUGCUUUUUUUUGACUUGGUAACUGAAACGCUGGUAAUGGAGUGUGACGUCAUUUUCAGCUCUGACAUCUGACUUCUGAGGUACGCAGCAUUAGAGUAAGAGGAGGAAAUCUUUGGGUAUUUCUAGUCUGUCCUCCAUUUUUCUUCUGUAAAAUCACUGCAGCUCUGUAAAGGUGCUUCUGUUUUGUCUUGUUUCAUAGAUCCACUUUAUAAAUGUAUUUUAUUGAAUCAGACAUUCAUCAGAAAAAUACAGAGAGAAUCUGCCUGAGAGGCUGGACAGCGAAACACUGAGCAUCUCUAGUUUACAAGUGACUCUGACUCUCUGUGGCCUUCAAUCGAAGAUGCUUUACCCACAUCCACAUUAAAGGGAUAUUCUGGCGUAAAAUUAAGUUAGGGUCAAACACACCAUAACACAGAGUUCGACAACCUGUUGAGAGAUGAAUGUUGCCGACUGCUUGCUUAACUAGUUAUACCAACUUUAGUAACGACCGCGCAAUAGCAAUACACAGUGGUCUGAGGAGCCAUAAACAAACCUUAAAUGUCAAAUGUUCAUAAAUGUUCACCCUGCAGCAGUCUGUAAUGGACUGGCCUGAGGUCUCGCUACAAACAAGUGACUGCUGGAAGAGUGUAGGUAAGUUGUGUUUAGUCUCUUUGCUAAAGAAAUCAGGCCAAACUAAAAAGAUGUUUGGUGGCUAGUGCUGUGGGACCCGCUAUGUACUGUUGAUGAAGUAAGGUUCUGUUAUGGGCAUUAUUUGGCUAUAGAGUGGCGUUUUGGUUGAGGUUUGUUUAUGGCUCCUCAGACCACUGUGUAUUGCCAUCGUGCGAUCAUUACUAAAGUUGGUAUAACCAGAGAAGCAAGCAGUCGGCAACAUUCAUCUCUCAAGGGGGUGUCCAACUCGGUGUAAGGGUGUUUGACCCUAAAUUAAAUUUACGCCAGAAUAUCCCUUUAAGCUUGUACAUAAACGCUUAUCUCCUGGUCUUUUCUCCUCCGCACUGCAGCGGGCAGACAAAAAGCACUGUGAAGAGGAAGCUGUAUGAAGACGGCGCUCUGACCCCCGUCUCCUCCUCUGAAGGAUCCAAGAAGUCCACCAAGAAAAGUACAGCUGCUGCUGUGACGCCCAAUACACCGACUGUGAUCAGUGUCCCUACAGCAAAGGUGGUGGUGACAUCAGGUCUCCAGAGUGCCACCGGCAACAACCAGCCACCCCUGAAGAAACAGAAAACUGCAGGUGAGUCACACACAGAUUUAACCUGCAGAGGUGAAUUUUUUUUAAAGAGGAGGUUAGGUAGGGCAUGCGAUGAAGAGAUUGAUUUUAGGAUGAGGUAAGAUGAAGAAAACCCCCUUUCAUAAUUUCAAGAUGACAAAGAAACUCAACUUUUAAAAGAAAGCAGUGUGAGAUUUUUACACCACAUUUUACACACUAACAGGAGCAGAUCUGAGGAACCACUUUGUCCACUUGGGGGCGCCAAAUUUGAUAUAAUAGAAAGUUUCUAAAAGGUGCUUUUAAUAAAGUUUCCUCCAACAAAGUAAAACUUGGUCCUGUGUGCUGCCCUCAGGUCUACAGCCGCCUCACUGUCUCCUCCCUCAAUGUUCAGACUUUUGGGAACAAGAAUCAGAGAUUGUCUCAGCUGCUGGGUUUAAACCUUUUUCCUGUGGUUUCAAUAUUGAAAAGGUUUCAGGCACACUCUGUUACAUGGGUAAAACCCUCAAACAGCUGAUCUUGUUUAUAUAUCACAGUCUGAUAAUCUGCAUCAGCAACCAGUCAGGAUACAGCUGCUGGUCAAGAUAAAGCUCUGUCUGUCUGUGUGUAGAUGUGACCCUGAGCGCUCUGAAUGACUCAGAUGUGAACAGUGAUCUGGUCGACAUCGAGGGACUGGGAGAAGGAUCCAACACCAAGAAACUCAACUUUGACCAAGGUCAGACUCACCUUCAUCACUGUCUGCAUUAAUACCACCAUCCUCAUUAUCAUCAUCAUCAUCUUCAGUAACAUGAUCACUGAGGCUGAGUCAUUGGACUUCAGUGACCUCAGCUCUGUUUCUGCUGCAGACAAAAACCCUCGGAUCAGAGCUGUGCACCAAGCCCUCCGGAUUCUGGGUUUUAGUCCAGAUCUAGAUUCUGUUAAACCUCCUCCACUUUAUACUGCUGUAACGCUGACUGAUCAGAAUCAGGCUGUGAGGCUUCAGAGGAGCGGCUUACAUAACUAAUUCACACAGUCAGUGUGCUGUAAAUAUCACUUUAAAACAUUAACAUUAAACCACGACCUCAUCCCCGCUUUGGUUCAUCACUCCUCCCAAAGACUGUAAAAAUGUGAGUGUGUGGAUUUACAGCACAGAUGAUCGAUCUGCGCACUCAGACUAGCCCUCCUCCCACUGGGUUAGGCUCCUCUGGAACCUUAGUGUGAGGACACUUCUGCACAGAGACUGAUGGGUUAGUCUGUUUAUUUCAGGUAUCUGUGACUUCUUACUAAAACAGAAAUAAGAAUAUAAGUAAAUGAAGAAAACAAACAUCAAUUAAAACAGGAAUAGACGGAUGAUUUUGACUGCAGCAGAUAAUGAGAGCUCAUGUAAUAAAGAUUAAGGUGUCUCUCAUUUUUUUGGACAUCUCACUCAGAUUUUGUCUAAAUUUGUCUCAUGUUGGAGCUUCCUGCUGAAUAAGAUGUUCUUCUUUAUUUCGCUCAGCUUUAUUUUUUAAAACACCUUUUAUUCAUACAAACACACAGCCCAGAGUGCUUCACUACAGAGCAGACAGGAAAUAACACAAACCCAUGGAUCAAAUAAUAAGAGACUAAAACAACAAAAAUUUCAAUGUAAUUAUUACCGUAAUUUUUGGACUAUAAGUCACUCCAGAGUAUAAGUCACACCAGCCAAAAAAUGCAUAAUGAAGUAAAAAAAAGCCAUAUAUAAAUUGCACCAGAUUAUAAAUCGCACCAUCCAAAAAUUGCUUAAUGAAGAAGAAAAAACAUAUACCGGUAUAAGUCACAUUUUUUUUAGGAAAUUUAUUGUACAAAAUCCAAGACCAAGAACAGACAUUUCAUCUUGAAAGACAAGUUAUAAUAAUAGCAAUAGAAUAGAGAACAACAGGCUGAAUAGGAGUACGGUAUGCUAACGUAACACAUUGAUAGUUAUUCAGCUACAUGAAGCAUAAACCACGAACUCAAUAGGUGUCUGGUAUGUUAAUGUAACAUAUUAACAGUUAUUCAGAUAACUAUAGUGUAAAAAACAUCAAGUUUACUAAACUCUCUAUCUCACUCCAAAUCACUAAAUUUAUCGAAUUCUUCUUUCUCGGUGUCACUUCUAAACAACUCCGCCAACUCCAGAGGUGGACGAAGCGCCGCUUCCUCUUCUGUGUGACUGUUGUAGGACUAUAUGUGAAAUUAUAUAUUUUAACAUAUAUAAGUCGCACCUGAGUAUAAAUCACAAACUCAGCCAAACUAUGAAAAAAAGUGCGACUCAUAGUCCAGAAUAUACAGUACAGUAAUAUUAAGAACAAAUAUAUACUAGACUGACCAUCUUUGUUCUGUCCCUGCAGAUAACCUGAACCUGGACUCCACUCUCAUCAUGAACCCCAGUGACCUCCCUUUGCUCUCCCGCUGACCUUUCAUUUUCUGUGGACUUUCAAAAUAAGACUCAAGUUUUGACGAACUUUCAUGUCACACAGGAUGAUCACAAACACGUUUGGAUCUUUGUUUGAUUUUUACUCUUUGCUCCUCUUUUAAAAAAAAUUCACCCUAAAAUCCUCAAAUUCGAACAGAUUGAGGAGAAAAUAAGACUGUUUCUGCUGUUUCUUUAAAAAGAUGACACAACGCUGCAGAGAAACUCAACAAGGAUGAGAUGUCUCCAGAUCCAGAGAGAAGAGGGUUGAAAACUGGAUCUCCCUGUUUUAGCAGAUUUAAAGAGGAGCCUUAGCAGGAAGUGUUAGAGAUGUACUCAGUGUAUUUAGAAAAAAUAAAAACGUGUUGAUUUCUUUUUAUUUUCAUGAUAAACUCUUGAGUCUUUUUUUGUCCUCUUUACAUGUCAGCAGAAGUAGUAAUUAAUGAGAGACAGAGGAAACACUACACUGAAAACUACUAAAUUAUAAACCAAAGCAGGAGCUGACAGACCCUUUAAAAGUGGACCAAAAGGUGUGAGGAAAAUAACAGAGGAGUCCUACAUUAAAGAUUAAACUCACCUGUUUACAUCAGAGGAAAGACAGAAAACUGGGGGUGUGGCCGGCCUCUUUGAGUGACAGGUGGCUGUUGAAGCUGUUUACCUGGAGGCUAAAGGUCAAGCCUGUUUCCUCUGUAAACAGUUUUCUGUAAUUGUGAAGUAAUUUCUACUAAAGUGCUCAUGUUUUUAAUGUUUAAAUAAAGUGGAGUACCAUCAGUGUAGAGGUUAAUGGUAAUGUUUUAUAGAGGAAAGGAUAGAGGGCUUAAUAUUGACCCCUGUGGGACACCGUCAACAGCCACUGGCUAUUCAACAGUUUAAACAGCACAAAAGACUGACUGCAGAAAAAACCCAAAUAGACAGACUUCCUGAAUUGAAUCUUAAAUUCUUUAAACAAGCAUCAGGUCAGUCUGAUUAGAGAACCUUCACAAACCUGUGUCCUGAAAAACUGGGUCGAACAAGGACUGAAUGUCUUUAAAAAAAAUGAAAUAAAAUCAUCAGACAACU